AACUCUCUCCCCGUCUUAUCUUCUCUUCCUCUCUGAAACGUCUCCUCCUUCCGCCCCCCUCGCUCUCCAUCCCCUCCGGGCCAUCGCCGCCUGAAUCCUUCACUAGGGUUAGGGUUUACGUAACGAACCCGCGCCAUGGCUACCUUCACUUCCCAGGUCAGCGCGAUGGCUGGCGCCUCCCCGUCGUGCUCUCUCUUCGUGAGCCGGCGGCGGCCGGCGGUCAUGCCCCUGCAGAUGCGGGUUGCUCGUGGCGGGAGGCCGCGCGGGUUGGCGAUGCGGGUGACGUGCGAGAAGGUGGUGGGAAUCGACCUGGGCACCACCAACUCCGCCGUCGCGGCGAUGGAGGGCGGUAAGCCGACGGUGAUCACCAACGCCGAGGGCCAGCGGACGACGCCGUCGGUGGUGGCGUACACCAAGGGAGGAGAACGGCUAGUGGGCCAGAUUGCCAAGAGGCAGGCCGUCGUCAACCCGGAGAACACCUUCUUCUCCGUCAAGCGCUUCAUUGGACGCAAGAUGGCUGAGGUAGAUGACGAGGCCAAGCAGGUCUCGUAUAACGUUGUGCGCGAUGAGAACGGAAACGUCAAGCUCGACUGCCCUGCUAUCGGCAAGCAGUUCGCAGCGGAAGAGAUAUCCGCGCAGGUAUUGAGGAAAUUGGUGGAUGAUGCAUCUAAGUUUCUGAAUGACAAAAUUACAAAAGCGGUGGUUACCGUUCCAGCGUACUUCAAUGACUCGCAGAGAACAGCAACAAAGGAUGCUGGCCGUAUUGCAGGGCUGGAAGUUCUGCGCAUUAUAAAUGAGCCAACUGCUGCAUCUCUUGCUUAUGGUUUUGAGAAGAAAAACAAUGAAACGAUUCUAGUGUUUGACUUGGGUGGCGGUACUUUUGAUGUCUCUGUAUUGGAGGUUGGAGAUGGUGUAUUUGAGGUGCUUUCCACAUCUGGGGACACACACUUAGGUGGAGAUGACUUUGAUAAGAAAAUUGUAGAUUGGCUUGCUAGCACCUUCAAGAAUGAUGAAGGCAUCGAUCUUCUUAAGGAUAAACAAGCCCUUCAGCGUCUUACUGAGGCAGCAGAAAAAGCUAAGAUGGAAUUGUCAACGCUCACACAGGCGAACAUUAGCUUGCCAUUCAUAACUGCUACUGCUGAUGGGCCCAAACACAUUGAGGCAACCCUCUCUAGAGCUAAAUUCGAGGAACUGUGUUCAGAUCUGAUUGAUAGGCUUAAAACUCCUGUUAAUAACGCCUUGAAAGAUGCCAAGCUAUCUGUUAGUAAUCUAGAUGAAGUGAUUCUUGUGGGUGGAUCCACCCGAAUCCCUGCAGUGCAAGAAACUGUUAGGAAGAUUACAGGCAAGGAUCCCAAUGUUACAGUCAACCCUGAUGAGGUUGUUUCUCUUGGGGCGGCCGUACAGGGUGGAGUUUUGGCUGGAGAUGUGAAGGAUGUUGUUCUUCUUGAUGUUACUCCAUUGUCAAUUGGUUUGGAGACGUUGGGUGGAGUGAUGACGAAGAUUAUCCCCAGGAAUACAACACUGCCCACCUCCAAAUCAGAGGUAUUCUCAACGGCUGCUGAUGGACAGACAAGUGUUGAGAUUAAUGUGCUCCAGGGAGAGAGAGAGUUUGUCAGGGACAACAAGUCUCUUGGAAGCUUCCGACUGGAUGGGAUCCCUCCUGCACCACGUGGUGUACCACAAAUUGAAGUGAAGUUUGACAUUGAUGCCAAUGGCAUUCUGUCAGUAGCAGCUGUUGAUAAGGGUACUGGAAAGAAGCAGGAUAUCACCAUCACUGGUGCUAGUACUCUACCAAAGGAUGAGGUCGAGAGAAUGGUAGAAGAAGCUGACAAGUUUGCCCAGGAGGACAAAGAGAAAAGAGAUGCUAUUGACACCAAGAACCAAGCAGACUCUGUGGUGUACCAGACGGAGAAGCAACUGAAGGAGCUUGGGGACAAGGUCCCUGCUCCUGUGAAAGAGAAGGUUGAUGUAAAGCUCCAGGAACUGAAAGAUGCCAUUGCUGGUGGAUCGACACAGAGCAUGAAAACUGCCAUGGAGGCUUUGAACCAGGAGGUAAUGCAGAUCGGACAGGCUAUGUACAACCAAACUAGUGCUGGUGGUGCUGGCUCUACUGAUGCUGAAACUGAGCCUGGUGCUGGAUCAACAAGCUCAGGAAAGGGACCAAAUGAUGGAGAUGUUAUCGAUGCGGACUUCACAGAUAGCAAUUAAAGGAUGGUCAAUGGAUCGUGGUGAGUGAUACAUAGACCCUGAGUUAUAUUCUGAGUGGCAUUCUAGGGUUGAGGAUGUUAUUUUUGUAUCUCGGCUCCAUGUAUCUACAAGCUGUUUAUUCAGUAUAUGAAAUUUGGUAGCGGUAGGAAUCAACAACGUUUGCUAGAGUGAUCUUGAAUCAAGUAUACCCCUCUGGUAAUGCAAAGAUGCAAAAGGAUUUUGGUCGAAACAGUAGCAUAUUCCCUAAAAAGUAAACUAGCCAUGUUUAGGUUAGCAAUAAACGAAGUUUCAUGGUGUACCUAAUGUUAUCGUUAUAUAACAGAUCAUGGUGCAUCUAAGUUUCAUGGUUUA